ACAUUCGCGGAGCGUCAGUAGCGCGCCGACUGUCAUUGAGUAGGGUUGGUUUUCAUCAUUCGCGCGCACUUGGCGUCAAGUCGGAGCAAAACUACGCGUGCUUCCUUGUCUCCAUUUUUAAUAUCACGCGCAUUUGGUCCAUCAAUAAUAGAAGCAAAUUCACUUCAAAAAUCGUGGUGUCGAAUGAGCUAAUAAUUACUAUACGCAUAAUCGUAAGUGCUAAGAGAGAACGUCGUCAUGGGUACCGUGUGUUGUGCCCCGCGGGUGUAGUGCAAAUCGCGCGAUCGUGCGCAAGAAGGAUAAAGAAAGGGAAUAGAGAACCGGUGCGCGGGAAAAGGACGAAGGUUGUAGAACGCGCGAGUGACCGCUAACCGGCCGCUAACUUCAAACAUCUCGUCGUGGAGGAGUGCAAUAGAGAAACGGACAUAGAAGUAGAAGUACGCGAAGACGAUAAUGCGGAGUCGUUGCUGCUGUCUUCGAUAACAGAACGACGUUCAGAUCUGCUCGUAAACGAGCGAGGAGAUCUAACGGACAGAAAUGAUUCGCGAAAGAACGUCUAUCCUUAUAUUGGGAUGCAUAGGAACAUUUCUGCUGCUCUUUGGCAAUGCGGUCGCGGAGGUUACGGAAGCAUCCACUGUAGUGUCAGAAAAAUCUGAUUCCCAAAAAGCAUCGACUCCCCAAGAAGCCACGACGAUCUUAACAAGGACCUCUUCAAUCUAUCAGAAUCAAUCAGUCGCGGAAAAAAAUGGACGUAAUACUGAUUUGGCGAAUCGAAAAACUCAUAAUGAUGAAGAUGGAUCGCAUGACAGUGUCAACGGUAACAACGCGAGUAAGGAUGUAGAGGAAAGCAAUGUGUCGCGUAACGUAAGCGACACGAUACAUGCGAAUUCGACAAAAUCGAACGACAAAUCCGAGGGUUCGUCGUCGUCAAAUGGGAACAGAAAGCCAAGAUAUGAAGAAAUCGCCGCUGAGAGCUCCGGGAAAAGCACCAGCACAAAGGUCAUCUCCGAAGAUGCUCUCAGACUCUCUAGCACGAACGAACUGACUGUAACGACGACGAAGCUGGCUUUCAACGACUCGAAGCAGGACAGUAAGAAGAACUCUGGGAACGUCACACUUCAAGAAUUUUCCAACCAUGAAGGAAUAUCCGAUACAACCAUCUCUCCAAGUACGGAAGGAAAAAUUGUCGACGAGAAAUUAAGUGCGAAUCUUACGAAAACGUCAGUAUCUAAACACGUAGAAGGGCAAUCUUCUGCCAAAUACGAAGACAAAAGAAAUGUAACUGUAAAUAAACAAGAAAUAACGACCGUUAAAUCUAUCGAAGGAGAUCUCUCCUCGAUGUAUUCGAAAUCGGUAAUCGAAGAUAUCAAAUCCGACGAAAAGAAGGACAAAAUUAUAAAGUCUGACAAGGAGAUUGUUUCGAAAAGUGAAUCGAAAAAGAACAAAGAUAUAAUCUCAGCUGAUUUGAAGAUAGAGGAUCAGGAAUUAGAGAGUCGUGAUCGAGAAUUGACUACCGUGCGCGGUAUUAAGCGCGAAAAUUCUUUAAGAUCCAAAAUAAAUGCGAAUGAUUUAGGGACAACAGCGUCCGAAGCGCUUGAUCUGGAAAAAAUUGAUGAAAAGGGACACGAAGAAACCAUUUCGCUAAUUCAUGAUACGUACGUAAACUACGAUCAUGUUUACAGAACAUCAUCGGAGAAGAAUCCUAAAACUAGCUCGGGCAACAACUCCAUUGACGCUAGUGAAUUGUACGGGAAAAAUGAUCCGAAAGAAGAGGUAGAAGUCGUUAAGAAUGUGAGUCAACAAUCGACAUUGAGGAUCGUAUCCACAAACGAUACCGCAAAAAACGAUUCGCACUUUAAUGAAUUGAACAAUCAGGAAGAAGCCGUUUACAUCAAGAAGAAAGAAGAAACUGGCGCCGGAAACGAAAACCGCUACGAACAAAACUCCUCUGCUAUCAAUACGACCAUUGAGAGUACAGAUGAUACGGAAGAAAGGAAAUUAAUAGGGAAACCUGAGAAUCAGGUAAAAUUGCCCGAAACAACGACUCAGAGCAUCCGACUUAAAGAGCAGACUUCAUUUAUUGAUGAAGCCACUUCUAGUCCUGUUCCGCAAGGCCGAACUAUCGGUUUUUCUAAAGUUAACGAGUUCUCGAGCAUUGAAGUGAAAUCUACAGCCUCGAUAAAAAUUGACGGAAGAGUCGAAGCAUCAUUGGUCACUCCAAGUUUGCGUAACAUUUCCAGCACGGAAAGAAUAGAUCAGAAACCUUAUCCUUACCUGAAAUCCAGCGGAGAAUUGUUACAGAUGACAACAGAGGCCAGUUCGAAAUUGGAGACUGAAGGCGUUACCGAAGAAACAUCAGCUUACGAAAACACGAUUGGAAGAGGAGAAUCUGAGAAAAAGUUUGUCGUCACGGAACCUUCGGUAGUGAUCGAAAACAGCAUUCAACAGCAGAAACUGGACAAGAAUAAUAUUAACAAAUCCACGAAUUCCACAACGGAAACCCUCUCUUCUUUGAUACCGGUGACGGUGAUCCCGAUUGUUUCAGCCGUUGUUGGACCAACGAACGAAACUUUUCCGGAGAGAUUUAACAACAGCGUAAGUGAGGCCGCGAAGGUGAGAGGCUCGGAAACAAACGACAAUGACGUGUCAGGUGUAAAAGAGGCAGAGAAAGUGAGUGCAAUUAAAGGCGAGGGUUACGAUGUGACCGGCAACGGAAUAACGGAAGUCAGCUUAACUUCGGACGGCAAAGAAGUGAAAUCAUAUUCCAACGAAACGACGGAAUCAUCAUUGCGUUUUACGAAAAUGUCGAAUACAUCAAAGACAAUUCCUCUGGAUACGGAUAUUCAGAUGGAACCGGAAGAAGCUAUGAUGAUACGAUCAACUCUCGUCGUCACCGAAUCCACAAUGGUUCCUUUGGAUAAAGACGUGGCGACGGAAGCGAACAAGUCCACAACUUCGAUGACGUCAGCAAUGGAGAUUAGCACAGCGGCCGUCGCGACGGUUUCCGAAAAUUUCACGGAAUCGACAACGAAGGCGAACGUCACCUUACUUCCUCCGCAGUCUUCCUCGAACGUUAAUCGAACCACCGAAUCUCCAUCUACUACAUUAAACCCUGAUGAGUCGCGAAUGCCGACAACUACGUCCGUCGAAUUUGAAUUUAUCAGUCUCAUGGAAGCAGUUUUUUCGGCGAAUAAUGCGACUGGAGAAACAGAAGGGCGAACCUUCGAGGAACAGACAAUGCCUUCGAAUAUCACGACAAUACGAGAUUUAUCCAAUAAUUCAACGGACGAGGCGAUCACCACGACAAAAUCUGAGGAGUUUACCGAACUCCCGAUGACUACCGAAGACAGUUCGUCAACGACGGAUCAGAUAUCGAUCGUUCAGCGCAACAACGAAACUGCCGAAGCCAGAAAUCCUCCUCCAGUUACUCAGACCGCUUUUGAGGACCAAAGCAAUCGCACGGAGUUCACUAAGUACUCCGAAGUUACUGUAAGCGUUAUCGAUCUCAUGAGCGCCACUGCAGGCGCUGAUACCUUAGGAGCCUCCGGCGUUACCGAGGAUUCUUCAGAGGAUCCUUCUAAGGACUCAAGUUUCAACGCGAACGUCACCGAGACGUUCGCCCCAGGCGCGAUAGAACUUGCGCCGGAUUCAGGCGUCACAACGAAAGCCACGAAGAGCCCUUCAGUUCCGUUCGCCACAAGUACCGUGGAAACGAGAAUUCUCUGGAGUACACCUAGUUUCACGGAACUGCCUGACGAAGAGACAACGGAAAAUAUCCAGAUUCUAUUGCCGGACGAGAUCACGAUGCUUAAAAUUAUCAUCGAUGGUACUCUGCACGAGGUCUGUCCUCGGCUGCAGGACUUAAGAAAGGCGCUUGCAGAUAUUCUCACAAACGGCUUGGACAAACUUGUAUUGCCGAAGCAAAUCAUCAUUCAUAAAAACCCUUGUCGCGAGUCGUCAAAUUCGUCUCCGACACCUAUGGACGGUUCCCUAACUUCGAUUCUGGUUUACAUCGUUGAUGAGGACCGCAAAUUUGACGCCGCUAUGACGAAGAUUCUACCAAGUUUAUACAAGGUGUCUCCCAACUUCCCAGUGAGAAUACACAAGUUUCUUCUGGUACCGGAAGCGGAUUCCGGAAACGCAAUAGCUGUCAUUGUGGUCUCUUCUGUGGCCUUCAUUUGUCUCCUGCUUCUAGCCGGACUCUUGUUUAUAAUGAGAAAGAGGCAAACAAGAUUCAACUACGGAGAACGGUGCCGACCGGUAUCCUUAGAUGCAUACAGUCUCGAUAGCGUUUCGGCGUACAACAGCGUAAGGCGCAAAGGUGCGGUGAGAGCCUCCAAGAGAAGCUACGGCAACCCGACCUUCGAAGAUUCGAGCGCCAUUCCCUCCCAUCCCCUGAACUUCGCCGGGCUUUCAUCUUUCUGUAACGACGUUAAUGCAAUCAACGAAGAGUUCACGGGUAUACCCCAAGUUUCAGGAAAGAUAGACGAGUUGCCCCCGGGCGCGGAAGUGAAGAAUAGAUAUGCGAACGUAAUACCACUUCCGGAGACGAGGGUGCAGUUACAGAAGCUGAACAAUGAUGUCUCGACUGAGUACAUCAACGCCAGUUACGUGAGGGGACCUAAAAACGCCACAAAGUAUUAUAUCGCGUGUCAAGCGCCAAUAGAGUCGACUGUUACCGACUUUUGGCGGAUGAUCUGGGAGCAGCAGUGCAAGGUAAUCAUCAUGCUGACUGAUCUCGUCGAGAACGGAGUGGAAAAAUGUACGGAGUAUAUUCCACCGUCGGAGGUGACCGACUGUCACCGGCUUUACGGUGACUUCCAAGUUACCUUAAGGAAACGAGAAACCAAAGAGAAAUAUGCUAUCUCUACGCUUCACCUGAAGAAUCUGGAAAACAAUACGUUCCGAGAGGUAUUCCAUAUUUGGUACCUGUGGCCGAUGAGUGGCGUCCAAUCGGACGGCACAGGCCUAAUAGCGGUGCUUCUCGAAGCGAGAGCACUCCAGCGUGGCGGCCCCGGACCCAUCGUGGUCCAUUGCAGUCCCGGCACAGGGCGCACUGGCACGCUAAUAGCCCUCGACCUAGGGAUUAGACAAUACGAGAUUACAAGGACCGUGGAUGUUCCGAGGGUCGUUUACACCAUCAGGAGAGAUCGUGCCGGUGCAGUUCAAACCAAGGAGCAAUACGCUUUCAUAUACAAGGCACUAAAUCUGUACGCGACAAAACUCGCCGGCGGCGUGCUGGAAUCGACGUGAAGUAUAUACAAGAAUACCCAUGAAACUGGCUAGAAUGUCUGAUUAGCGGAUAAUGUGUGUGCAUAUGCUAAAUCGAAAGAUUUUACUUUAUGCGAAAAGAAUUCCUCCGCUAAUAAAAAAAGUGGACAGAUUGACCGCUGGUUGAAUUAUCAAGAUAUGCCAAAUGUCACCUAAUUUAAGGUCAGAGGGGGCAUCUUAAUAUCUCGGAGGCGCUCUCAACGAAAGAGAAAAAAAGGACUUUGUGAAAUGCGUAAACUAUAAAACGAAAUAGUGAUUACGAAAUAUUAAAAAAAUAUAUAUAAAACAGGGUGGAUGUGUAUUUUAUUAGAAUACUGAUUGUUAUAUGUGUAGCGACAAACUGGACUUACAAAGAACUAAAUGUUACCUAAAGUAGCGAAGUGAAAUUAAUUUGUGAUUUUCACUUUAGAGCCUUAUUAAUUUCAUAACUUGAAAUUAAUUUGUGAUAUAUGUGGAUUACUUAUAAGUUUGUUAAAAUCAGCGCAAUUCGUUUCACUGCUGAUUCUGUCGAAAUUUCCGCAAAUUUUAAGAAUAUCCAAAGAUAUCUCUGUUGUUGUAAAAAAAAAACAGAGGUUUUUAUGGUCAUUUAUAUGUAUGGAUUUACGUGAAUCUAAACGUAUUUAAAAUAUAUUGAAUUUGUAUAUUGUAAAAUUUAAAUAUUUAACAUAUCUCGAUAUUCAAAGAGAGAAUCCUUUUUUAGAUUUUUAGAUUUUUAAAUAACGACCAUAUUUUUAAUAUUCCUAAGAUUAUGAUAAAAUUUUAUGUCGAUAUUACUCACUGUGUGACUCGCAAUGUUUGCGAAAUAUCGGAAACCAAAACUGAAGGAAAGAUAAUUUUGAUUGGAAUUUUAAUAUUGAGAUUAAUAAUAUUUCUUAUUUUCUAGCAAUCUUACAUAAUAGAUGUAUUGCGAUCGAAUGUGUUAAGAGAAAAUUUGGGAAUAUUUUAGAGUAAUAUAUCAAGCGCGAAAAGUCGUGUGCGUGUGUAUAUGGCAUGAUAUAUCGCUUAUAUAAUAAUUAUCCUCGAUAACAACUAAAUUUAAUAACAGUUAUGAAAAAUCAUUUUGUUUUCAUAAUAAAAUUUAGACAUCGCAAGCGCUGAUUUUGUUUUUCUUCAGAUCAAUAAGUAUUUUUUGUUAUUAUUGUUAUUGUUGUUGUUUAUUGUACAGAGUAUGUUUCAAUUCGUGAUCUGUAUGUGUGUGUAUGUGUUGCUCUCUAUAAUUGUAAAUACAUACGUAGAGUGUCAACGAUUAUUUCGACAAUUGUGUUAAUUGACCCACUUGAGAGAUUUUAUUUAUAUAUAUAUAUUAAAUAUUCGUUAAUCAUUGUUUUUUUAGGCCAAGAAGUACCAGUGUUUUUUUGCGAGCCUAAUUGUACGGACUGGAAAUAAAAAUGUCCGUCCACAAGUGCAAUGUACCAAUUGUGUAUUUAAAGUAGUUAGUAUAUAAUUAUAUAUUAGUCACUAUAUAUUUUUAUAAGAAAGCUUUAUUUGGAUUAUGAUCCUUCGUAAUAAUUGUAGUAAAGAAUAGAAUUGAUUUUGAUGUGUUUCCCAAAUAUAAGUAAAUUAUUGAGCAACUAAUUUUAACGAUCUAUCAAUGUUAUUUAUCGAUUUGUUGUAUCAAUUAGUUUUAUUUUUAUUUUAUUAUUUCCAUGGUAAAAAAAAUGUUAAAAACAGGCAAUUAUAAUUUUACUAUGCCAAUAUUUGAUUUAAUGGAUGGGUAUCUUUUAUGAAUAGCGGCGUGUUUAGGACUAUAUGUAUCUAUAUCGUACGUUUUCAUGAUCGAUCACUGUGUAUGUCCUCAAAAGGAACAUCAUAAUAUUAUAAUUUUUAAUAUCAUAAGCAUCACAGUUAAUCUCUAGCGUGAUGGAUUGUCGUAUGUCAAAUUUUUAGAGAUGUAUUUUAUGUCUUUUACAUUAAAUGACUAAUUGUCUAUAAAUAAUAUAAUCGUAAUUGUUCCAUUAUUAUUACUGGAAUAAUAAAAAUUGCUAUCAAAUACUAUUGUUAAUUAUGUUUAUAACGGCCGUAUCUGCGAUGAUGUUAUUUGCAAUUGCAAUUUCAACGAUUAAUGUCAAAGUAUAAAAUAAUACCACUUCCAAUUUUAAUUGAUGAAUUUUUAGAAUUAUGGAAGUAUGAAAAAAAAUUUAUAGGCUAACGUCACGUUAUUUUUACGAACCGAAAGACACGUUACAAAAGAUAUUCUUACGAGUAAUACUUAUCUGAUAGCCGAUCUUUAAGAAUAUGCAUAUCUUGGACCACGAUUAUAUAUACAUAAAGUAUAUUAUAUAUAAUAAUAAAUAUAUUAUUAUGUAGAAAAAAUGUCAGAAUCGUAUUAAUCUUUUGUGUACAAGAGAGAUAUUUAUUGAUAUACACCAAGCUAAUAAUAAGUCAAAAUCAAAAGCUAUAUAAGCUUUUAUGUCUUCGAAUAUAUAAAAUAUAAUCAUUCAAUAAGUCUAUAUAUAUGCUGGUAUAAUUCUUAUAUCUUAAUAAUAAUAUAUCUAACUAGGUAAUGUUUUAUUUUAUACAUAUAUACGCACACAUACACGCGCGCGCACACACACACACACACACACACACACACACAUUCACACAUAUAUAUAAAUACAUAUUGAAUAUAUAAAGUUUUGAGAUUUUCACGUACGUAUAUAACACAGCAAACUUCUAAACAAUAUUAUACAGAUUGCAUCAUAAAGUUUGUCAAAGGAGCUCAAUCUUUGGUGAAAUCAGAGACAACUUUCGAAUCCGUUGUAUGAUUGUUAUUUAAAGUUGAAAAUGGAUAAAAAAAGAACAUUUAUUAUGAUUCUCUUUACUUCGUAUUUAAUACAAAUUUUACGAAAGAUCCUGUACAGAUAUUAAAUAAUACAUUAGAUUCAAAUUAUAAUAAUUUAUUAUGAUUUUUCCAUAUAGAUAUAUUCGACAUAUAUGUCGAAUAUGUAAUAUGUCAGACUUGAACAAAAACGAACGAAUCUUUUUAUACAAAUAUGAUCGAGGAUUAAAUCAUAGAGUGCUUUAUAUUAAUUUGUAACAAAAGAAAAAACCCACAUUUUAAAGUCUUAUCGAAAUACUUGUGAAAAUAUCCCAAAAAUACUAUAAAUUUUAAAUCCUUGUGAGUAGUAUUAAUUUGUAAUAGCAAUGUAUAAUAAAGAAUUUUAUUUAUGUUCUGGAUUAUAUAUAUAAUAUGAGAUUGUGUCAAUUGCGCAAUUUAUUGCGUAUCGUUAAUGAUUGAUAUUUAGAUAAAAUCUUAUUAUCUUAUAUCAGAUAAUAUAUUAUUGUCUUUUAUUAGAUAAUAUCUUAUUUAUUAUUAAAUCGAAAUAUAUGUAUGUCGGAUUAUGAAACAAAGAUAUAGCUCUUUAACAAUCGUUUUUGCAUUACCAAAUUUGAUACUGAGAGAUUAAUUUAGCAAUAGUUAUUAGUUUAAUGUUUGUACUUUUGAAGUUUUUGCAGGGUUGGGAAAGUUACUUUAUAAAACUAACUCGUUACCGUUACCGUUCUUUUUUCUAAAAAGUAACUCGUUACUGUUACUCGUUACCAAUUUUAAAAAGUAACUUGUUACCGUUAUCGUUACUAAAAAAAUAACGAGUCGUUACUAUUUCCGUUAGUUUUUUUAUAUAUAACGAUAACUUUACAUACAAUUUUUUUUUAAACAAGAUCAAAUUAAACACUAAAAAUUUUUAAACAUUGUCUUACAAAGAAACAAGAUACCAAAAUGAGUUUUCAGUAGUUUUCAUGUAAUGCUGCAUUCCAACAGUCUUAUCAAUAUUUUCCUUUGUAUGAAAAUUAUAUAUUUUCCUUUGUAUGAAAAUUAUACCGAGUAAAAAAAGUAACGAUAAAAGUAACUUAAAUUCGUUACUCGUUACCGAAAAAUGUAACAAAGUUACUUUUUCCGUUACAAACAAAAUUUGUAACGCCGUUACCGUUACAGUUACCGAAAAAAAGUAACUGUAACGGUAACGGCGUUACAAGUAACGCGUUACUUCCCAACCCUGAGUUUUUGUAUGUUAAAAUCAUCGCAUAUGUUGCAAAUAAUGAAGAUUAUGUUACAUCUCAUCAUUGAUUAUUGGAAAAGAGAUUUUGAGAAGAUUUCUCAAAUAUCAAAGUUCCAUUUAUUUCUCUUUUCCAGGAAGAAACUAACUAAUUUAAAAUACUUUGUUCGGAUAAAAAAAUAGAAAUAUGAGAAAGAAUGCGAAAAGUAUUAUUUCAACAUUUCUACAAUAUUUACUUUUACUUAUUUAUAGGUCAGAGAAACGGUUGCAAAAUAUUAACUAAAAAUUUGUAAGCGCUCCUCUUUAUCGCACAUAAAGAAAUACAGAUAUAAUCAAUUAACUCUCUCUACGUAGCUAUUGGAUAAAUAUUUUAAUUUAUGCAACAUAUAUAUAUUUGUAUUAUGUUAUGUAUAAUUAUAUCAAAACGAAAUAAGAUAAACAGUUAGCUUAAUAAAAAGUUUGUAAUUAUUAGGUGCCAAAAAUGCAGUUAAACCAUUAUACAUUAUGUUGAAUAAAAUACGUAUUGCAGAC